AUGAAGGAACAGGAACCAGGAGUCCUGUCACCUUCCUGGACACCGAGGAGGCUGAGCUUCUCGGCGCCGACACACAAGGCUCCGAGUUCGAGUUCACAGACUUCACCCUCCCCAGCCAGACUCAGACGCCUCCCGGAGGCCCCGGCGGUCGCUGCGGCCGGACAGCUUGACGUUCAGGUUGGAGGACCUGAGGGCAUCCUGCAGAAUGGGGCUGUGGAUGACAGUGUGGCCAAGACCAGCCAGUUGCUGGCGGAGUUGAACUUUGAAGAAGAUGAAGAAGAUACCUAUUACACAAAGGACCUACCAGUACAUGCCUGCAGUUACUGUGGAAUACAUGAUCCUGCUUGCGUGGUUUACUGUAAUACCAGCAAGAAGUGGUUCUGUAACGGACGUGGAAAUACUUCUGGCAGCCACAUUGUAAAUCACCUUGUGAGGGCAAAAUGCAAAGAGGUGACUCUGCACAAGGAUGGGCCCCUUGGUGAGACAGUCCUGGAGUGUUACAACUGUGGCUGCCGCAACGUCUUCCUGCUUGGCUUCAUCCCUGCCAAGGCUGACUCAGUGGUGGUGCUGUUGUGCAGGCAGCCCUGUGCCAGUCAGAGCAGCCUCAAGGACAUCAACUGGGACAGCUCGCAGUGGCAGCCCCUGAUCCAAGAUCGCUGCUUCCUCUCCUGGCUGGUUAAGAUCCCUUCAGAGCAGGAGCAGCUUCGGGCCCGGCAGAUUACAGCCCAGCAGAUCAACAAGUUGGAGGAGCUUUGGAAGGAGAACCCUUCUGCCACCUUGGAGGACCUGGAGAAGCCCGGAGUGGAUGAGGAGCCGCAGCAUGUCCUCCUGCGGUAUGAGGAUGCCUACCAGUACCAGAACAUAUUUGGGCCUCUGGUCAAGCUGGAGGCUGACUAUGACAAGAAACUGAAAGAGUCACAGACUCAAGAUAACAUCACGGUCAGGUGGGACCUGGGCCUUAACAAGAAGAGAAUCGCCUACUUCACUUUACCCAAGACUGACUCUGACAUGCGGCUCAUGCAAGGGGAUGAGAUAUGCCUGCGGUACAAAGGGGACCUGGCGCCCCUGUGGAAAGGGAUCGGCCACGUCAUCAAGGUCCCUGAUAAUUAUGGCGAUGAGAUUGCCAUUGAGCUGCGGAGCAGUGUGGGUGCACCUGUGGAGGUGACACACAACUUUCAGGUGGAUUUCGUGUGGAAAUCCACCUCAUUUGACAGGAUGCAGAGUGCACUGAAAACUUUUGCUGUCGAUGAAACCUCUGUAUCAGGCUAUAUCUACCAUAAACUGCUUGGCCACGAGGUGGAGGACGUCAUCAUCAAGUGCCAGCUGCCCAAGCGCUUCACUGCACAGGGGCUGCCCGACCUCAACCACUCUCAGGUUUAUGCUGUGAAGACUGUGCUGCAAAGGCCGCUGAGCCUGAUCCAGGGACCACCAGGAACAGGGAAGACAGUGACCUCCGCCACCAUUGUCUACCACCUGGCACGGCAGGGCAAUGGGCCUGUGCUCGUCUGUGCUCCAAGUAACAUAGCUGUGGAUCAGCUGACUGAGAAGAUCCACCAGACUGGGCUGAAAGUUGUGCGGCUCUGCGCUAAGAGCCGCGAGGCCAUUGACUCCCCAGUGUCAUUCCUGGCCCUGCACAACCAGAUCAGGAACAUGGAUAGCAUGCCAGAGCUGCAGAAGCUGCAGCAGCUAAAGGACGAGACUGGGGAGCUGUCAUCUGCCGAUGAGAAGCGGUACCGAGCCCUGAAGCGCACAGCUGAAAGGGAGCUGCUCAUGAACGCGGACGUCAUCUGCUGCACAUGUGUGGGUGCAGGAGACCCCAGGCUGGCCAAGAUGCAGUUCCGCUCCAUUCUUAUCGACGAGAGCACCCAGGCCACGGAGCCGGAGUGUAUGGUCCCUGUGGUCCUUGGAGCCAAGCAGCUGAUCCUUGUGGGUGACCACUGCCAGCUGGGCCCCGUGGUGAUGUGCAAGAAGGCAGCCAAGGCCGGGCUGUCCCAGUCACUGUUCGAGCGACUGGUGGUGCUUGGCAUUCGUCCAAUCCGCCUGCAAGUCCAGUAUCGGAUGCACCCUGCACUCAGUGCCUUCCCAUCCAACAUCUUCUAUGAGGGCUCUCUGCAAAACGGUGUCACUGCAGCGGAUCGAGUGAAGAAGGGGUUUGACUUCCAGUGGCCCCAACCUGAUAAGCCGAUGUUCUUCUAUGUGACGCAGGGCCAGGAGGAGAUCGCCAGCUCGGGUACCUCCUACCUGAACAGGACGGAGGCUGCAAAUGUUGAGAAGAUCACCACGAAGCUGCUGAAGGCAGGUGCCAAGCCGGACCAGAUUGGCAUCAUCACACCCUAUGAGGGCCAGCGCUCCUACCUGGUGCAGUACAUGCAGUUCAGCGGCUCCCUGCACACCAAGCUGUACCAGGAGGUGGAGAUUGCCAGUGUGGAUGCAUUCCAGGGGCGUGAGAAGGACUUCAUCAUCCUUUCCUGUGUGCGAGCCAACGAGCACCAAGGCAUCGGGUUUUUAAAUGACCCCAGGCGGCUUAACGUGGCCCUGACCCGAGCAAGAUAUGGAGUCAUCAUUGUGGGCAACCCUAAGGCACUGUCCAAGCAGCCCCUGUGGAACCACCUGCUGAAUUACUACAAGGAGCAGAAGGUGCUGGUGGAGGGGCCUCUGAAUAACCUGCGAGAGAGCCUCAUGCAGUUCAGCAAGCCCCGGAAGCUGGUCAACACCAUCAACCCUGGAGCCCGCUUCAUGACCACAGCCAUGUAUGAUGCCCGGGAGGCCAUCAUCCCAGGAUCGGUCUAUGAUCGGAGCAGCCAGGGUCGGCCCUCGAACAUGUACUUCCAGACCCAUGACCAGCUCGGUAUGAUCAGUGCUGGCCCCAGCCAUGUGGCCGCCAUGAACAUUCCCAUCCCCUUCAACCUGGUCAUGCCACCCAUGCCACCACCGGGGUAUUUUGGACAGGCUAAUGGGCCGGCUGCAGGCCGAGGCACCCCGAAAGGCAAGACGGGCCGUGGUGGACGCCAGAAGAACCGCUUUGGCCUUCCUGGGCCCAGCCAGACGAACCUGCCCAGCAGCCAGGCCAGCCAGGAUGUGGCAUCACAGCCCUUCUCUCAGGGGGCCCUGACACAGGGCUACAUCUCCAUGAGCCAACCCUCCCAGAUGAGCCAGCCUGGUCUCUCCCAGCCCGAGUUGUCCCAGGACAGUUACCUUGGUGAUGAAUUUAAGUCCCAGAUUGAUGUGGCGCUAUCACAAGAUUCUACGUACCAGGGAGAGCGGGCGUACCAGCAUGGUGGAGUGACGGGACUGUCUCAGUACUAGAAGGUGGCAGCGGAAGAGCUAAGCUUUGUGGCUUAGUCCAUCAGCAUCUUAUUCUGGGUAAUAAAAAAUAAAAAUAAAUGGAUACCUGUUUUCCACUGCUAAAACUGAAGCACCACUGAGCAACAGGAGAGGGAGAGCAGCCCGAGAUAGUGAGCGCCCACUGCUGGCACCGCGGCGAGGAGACAGAGGGAGAGCGGAGGUGGGGCCGGCCAGCCCGAGAGCCCUGCAGCCAGCUCGCCAAGGAGGCCCAGCUCGCCGCGUCUACACCUGGGUCUGCGACCAGGAGGAGGGAGGAAGACCCUCAUCUCAGAGUAGCCCUUUCCUCUGUUCUUUCUUUCUUUUUCUCUUUUAUUGAAAGGGGACUACGUUUUAUCAGGAACAACUCACAUUUCUGUGCUGAACAGGCUCCUUGCAGCCAUGCCCAGAGAGCCCCGCUGAGGCGCGUGUUCUGUCCACACUGAGACCUUGCAGUCACGCUGCCUGUGUUCUAAGAGGGUUUUCAUUUAAAGAAAAUGUGGUGUUUGGGCUUUUCUGUUUGUUUCUUAAAGAUUCUUUCAAAGGAGUACUGAAAAAUACUUUCCUGAGUUUGUCUCUCAAAUCUUAGUGGUGGACCUGGGAGAUGCAAGAAGCUUCCAGAAACGAAGUUUAAACGAGACACACAACGAGGUUAGGAUGAACACCUGUGACGCGAUCAUGGAGAGGAAGAUGUUUGUUUUCAGCUUAGUUUCCAGCAGCUUCUCCCUGUGCGUCAGGGCAGUGAGAGAAUAUCACCUGGGCCCACGGGCUCCGCUGGACUCCGAGAAGCAAAGCACUUCUCACAUGCAGUGGACUCAGUCCCCUGAAGGGCCCAGCAAAACUAGCCAUGAGGCUGGAGGGUGGGGAGGUGGUCGUUCCUCAGCCAGCGGCUGCUUCCCCAGGGAGGCGCCCACGGUCCCUGUGGCCAUCAGACAAGCCGAGAGCCUUGCCCCCCCCCUCUUUCUCUCCAUCCCACUCCCAAAUUUUGAGCCCUUCUACCUGUGAGCAUAGCUUCAAUGAGUUGGGGUGGUUUUCAUUUUAUUUGGGAAAAGGAGUUUCAGAAAUAAGUUGGUUCUGUGCUGAAGGUGCUUGGGGGAGUGGAUCACUUCAGCUGUACAGAAGCAUCCACCUGGAUCUGCAUUGGGAAGUUCUUGUGGUUGUGAAAGGUCCCCUGUGGGGGCAGGUGUUUGUCACCGUGGUGACCACCAAGUUGAGGACUGUUUCCUGCCUACCCAGGUCCUAGUGACCGUGACCCCAGCAUCUCUUCCCCGUGCGUCUGACACUGGCCCUUAACCCAAAACCUCCAGAUGCCAUCUGGUACACGGAGAGACAGGGACACACAGGCACCUUUCUUCUGGCAAGGCCUCUUAGCCCGUUGCUGUAGGGCUUUUGGUGAGCCACCUAGAGGCAUUGCGCUUGGAUAGGCUUCUGCUGUGACCCUGUGUGCCCCCCCCCACCCCCCCACUGCCCUGUUCCUUUUUGGAGUGCUCUACCUCGCUCUGUGCUGUUGGCUUUUAUUCACCUUCUAGCAGCAAUUACUCUGAGUUUUCCAAAUCAAGGAGCAUCUGUACCAAGGCAAUGUCACUUCUGAUUUUUGGUCAAUUUGUUUUAAGCUCUUUUGUCACCAAUAAAAUGUUAAAAACAA